CGCCGGAACCGCUAUAAGGGAUGUUGUUUGGCUUUGCGGCCGCUGAGUGGAGAAGCCGCAGCGGGGGUAGUCGCCGGGCGGAGAUAUUUGAGGUGAAAAUACACGUGUAAACCCUGGCGUUUACAGAAGAUGAAAGACAUCGACAUAGGAAAAGAGUACAUUAUACCCAGUCCUGGGUAUAGAAGUGUGAGGGAGAGAGCCAACUCAGUGCAGCGUGAAGAGCAGGAAGGGUCAAGAUUUCAGCAUGCUAAACAUAAGCAGAUUGAAUGCCAGGAUGCCUUGGAAGCAGCUGCUCGGGCAGAGGGCCUGCCACUGGACACCUCUGUGCAUUCCCAGCUGAGAAUGCUGGACGAAGAGCAUCACAAGGGCAAAUACCACCAUGGCCUGAACGUGCUGAAACCCAUACGGACUACUUCCAAACACCAGCACCCUGUUGAUAAUGCUGGGCUUUUCUCCUGCAUGACCUUCUCCUGGCUCACUCCUUUGGCCCACAGAGCGUACAAGAAAGGGGAAUUGUUUAUGGAUGAUGUAUGGUCUUUAUCAAGGCAUGAGUCUUCAGAUGUCAAUUGUAGAAGGCUGGAGAGAUUGUGGCACGAAGAACUGAAAGAAAGUGGGCCCGAUGAUGCUUCUCUCCGGAGGGUUGUGUGGAUUUUCUGCCGCACGAGGCUCAUCAUUUCCAUAGUGUGUCUGAUGAUCACGCAGCUCGCUGGUUUUAGUGGACCAGCGUUCGUUGUGAAACAUCUUUUGGAGUAUACCCAACAGAGUGAGUCCAACCUGCAGUACAGCUUGUUUUUAGUUUUUGGCAUCUUUAUGACGGAAAUAGUGCGAUCUUGGUCCCUUGCACUAACCUGGGCUUUGAAUUACCGCACGGGGGUUAGACUGCGUGGAGCUAUCUUGACAAUGGCGUUUAAGAAAAUUCUUAAGCUGAAGAACAUCAAGGAGAAGUCUCUUGGAGAGCUCAUAAAUGUAUGUUCCAAUGAUGGUCAAAGGAUGUUUGAAGCUGCAGCAGUUGGGAGUUUGUUGGCUGGGGGGCCUAUUGUGGCCAUCUUAGGAAUGGUUUAUAAUGUGAUUAUACUGGGUCCAACAGGCUUCUUGGGCUCUGCUGUCUUCAUCCUUUUCUACCCAGCAAUGAUGUUUGUAUCGCGUCUCACAGCUUAUUUCAGAAGAAAAUGUGUAUCAACAACAGAUGAGCGUGUGCAAAAGAUGAAUGAAGUUCUUAAUUACAUUAAGUUCAUUAAAAUGUAUGCCUGGGUCAAACCAUUUUCUCAGAAUGUUCAAAAAAUUCGUGAGGAAGAACGUAAAAUCUUAGAGCGUGCGGGCUACUUCCAGAGCAUCACUGUGGGUGUGGCUCCCAUAGUUGUAGUCAUUGCCAGCGUGGUGACCUUUUCUGUCCAUAUGAUACUUGGCUACGAUCUUACAGCAGCUCAGGCAUUCACAGUGGUCACUGUCUUUAAUUCAAUGACUUUUGCUCUAAAAGUCACGCCUUUCUCAGUGAAGUCUCUAUCUGAGGCAUCUGUUUCUGUUGACAGAUUUAAGAGUUUAUUUCUAAUGGAAGAGGUUCAUAUGAUAAAGAAAAAACCAGCCAAUCCUCACACCGCGAUAGAGGUGAAAAAUGCUACCUUGGCUUGGGACUUCUCCCACGCCAGCGUCCAGAGCUCACCAAAGUUGACCCCCAAAGUGAAAAAAGACAAGAAAGUCACCAAGGGCAAGAAAGAGAAAAUGAAGCUGCAGAAUGAGGGACAGCAAGCUGUGCUGGCAGAGCAGAAGGGCCAUCUUCUAGUGGACAAUGAUGACCAUCCUAGCCCUGAAGAGGAGAACAAAAUCAUCCAUCUGGUUAAUCUUCGGCUUCAGAGGACUCUCUACAACAUUGACUUGGAGAUAGAAAAGGGAAAACUUGUUGGAAUUUGUGGCAGUGUGGGGAGUGGAAAAACUUCACUUAUCUCAGCAAUUUUAGGACAGAUGACCCUGUUGGAGGGUAGCAUUGCAGUAAGUGGAACAUUUGCAUAUGUGGCCCAGCAGGCCUGGAUUCUCAAUGCUACACUUCGGGACAACAUUCUUUUUGGCAAGGAAUAUGAUGAAGAAAGAUACAAUACCGUGUUGAAUGGUUGCUGUCUAAGGCCUGACCUAGCCAUCCUUCCAAAUGGGGACCUGACAGAGAUUGGUGAACGAGGGGCUAACCUGAGUGGAGGACAGCGUCAGAGAAUCAGUCUGGCUCGAGCCCUGUACAGUGACAGGAACAUUUACAUCCUUGAUGAUCCCCUUAGUGCCUUAGAUGCUCAUGUUGGAAAUCACAUUUUUAACAGUGCAAUAAGGAAGCACCUGAAGUCAAAGACUGUCCUUUUCAUCACUCAUCAGCUUCAGUAUCUUGUUGACUGUGAUGAAGUGAUCUUCAUGAAAGAAGGCUGCAUUACUGAGCGAGGAAGUCAUGAGGAACUGAUGAAUUUAAAUGGGGACUAUGCAACUAUUUUUAAUAACCUACAGCUGGGAGAAACACCACAUAUUGAGAUUAAUAUAAAGAAGAAUACAAACAGUUCACUGAAAAGACCCCAGGAUAAAAGUACCAAAGCAGGGUCUGUGAAGAAGGAGAAAGUUGUAAAGAAGGAAGAGGGUCAGUUGGUCCAGUUGGAAGAGAAAGGCAAAGGCUCUGUCCCCUGGUCUGUUUAUGGUAUCUACAUUCAGGCAGCUGGAGGCCCCUUUGCAUUCCUUGUCAUCAUGGCACUGUUUGUGCUGAAUGUGGGCAGUACAGCUUUUAGCAACUGGUGGCUGAGUUUCUGGAUCAAGCAAGGCAGUGGAAACACCACUGUGACUUUGGGAAAUGAUACUGUCAUAAGCAACAGUAUGAAAGAUAACCCUCACAUGCAUUACUAUGCUGGCAUCUAUGCACUGUCUAUGGCAGUUAUGUUGAUUCUGAAAGCUGUUCGUGGCGUCGUCUUUGUAAAGGGAACUCUCAGAGCAUCCUCAAGACUCCAUGAUGAGCUCUUCCGACGGAUUCUGCGUAGCCCCAUGAAGUUCUUUGACACUACACCCACUGGGCGGAUUCUCAACAGGUUUUCCAAAGACAUGGAUGAAGUUGAUGUUCGUUUGCCAUUUCAAGCAGAAAUGUUCAUCCAGAAUGUCAUCCUUGUGUUCUUCUGUGUGGGGGUGAUUUCUGGGGUUUUCCCCUGGUUCCUGGUGGCAGUGGGGCCCCUCAUUGUCCUGUUCACAGUUCUGCAUGUUGUCUCUAGAGUCUUUAUUCGAGAGCUCAAGCGUCUGGACAACAUCACACAGUCUCCAUUCCUGUCUCACAUUACAUCUAGCAUACAGGGUCUCUCCACAAUCCAUGCCUACCACAAAGGACAGGAAUUUCUGCACAGGUAUCAGGAGCUCCUAGAUGACAAUCAGGCACCAUUCUACCUGUUCAGCUGUGCAAUGCGCUGGCUAGCUGUACGGCUGGACAUUAUCAGCAUCGCUCUUAUCACAACCACUGGCCUUAUGAUUGUCUUAAUGCAUGGCCAGAUUCCUCCUGCCUAUGCUGGGCUGGCUAUCUCAUAUGCUGUGCAGUUAACAGGGUUAUUCCAGUUUACAGUAAGGCUUGCUUCAGAAACAGAAGCUCGCUUCACCUCAGUGGAGAGGAUUGAUCACUAUAUCAAGACACUUUCUCUGGAAGCUCCUGCUCGAAUUAAGAAUAAAACUCCUCCUCUGGACUGGCCACAGGAAGGUGAAGUUGUUUUUGAAAAUGCAGAGAUGCGGUACCGAGAGAACCUCCCUCUAGUACUUAAAAAAGUGUCCUUUACCAUCAAACCGAAAGAAAAGAUUGGCAUUGUGGGAAGGACAGGCUCAGGGAAGUCUUCCCUUGGAAUGGCACUCUUCCGUCUCGUUGAACUGUCUGGAGGCUGCAUUAAAAUUGAUGGAGUGAAAAUAAAUGACAUUGGUUUGGCAGAUCUUCGCAGCAAACUCUCAAUAAUUCCUCAGGAACCUGUGCUAUUCAGUGGCACUGUGAGAUCAAACUUGGAUCCUUUCAAUCAGUACAGUGAGGAACAAAUCUGGGAUGCUUUGGAAAGGACUCACAUGAAGGAGUGUGUUGCCCAGCUGCCUAUGAAACUUGAUUCAGAAGUGAUGGAAAAUGGGGAAAACUUUUCAGUUGGAGAGAGACAGUUACUGUGCAUAGCUAGAGCUCUACUGCGUCGUUGCAAGAUUUUGAUACUGGAUGAAGCAACAGCUGCUAUGGACACAGAGACAGACUUACUGAUUCAGGAGACUAUCAGAGAGGCAUUUGCAGACUGCACUAUGUUAACAAUUGCUCAUCGCCUGCAUACGGUACUGGGCUCUGAUCGGAUCAUGGUGCUAACACAAGGACAGGUAGUGGAAUUCGACACGCCGUCUGCCCUUCUGGCCAAUGAGAACUCACGCUUCUAUGCUAUGUUUGCUGCUGCGGAGAACAAGGUUGCUGUCAAGGGCUAAAAUUCAGGGCAAAGUCACUUUAGUUUUGGAGAGCGACACUCCCUGCCUGUGGCAGGCCAGCUCUUCCUCCUCCUCCUCCUCCUUCAAGCAGAUUAUUGCCUUUUCAUCUCUUAAUUUUUAGCACAAUGUGUCAAGCCAGAGAGUUUUUAAAACCGUGUCAGAAGAAUUCUUCAUGUUUUUAUUAUUGUAUUUAUUCCAUAAUCAUAUUACUAAUUUUUUGUUAUUAAAUGCACUCUACGAAUGGCUCAGGGAGCCAUAGUUAUAAAUGUAUCAGAGGCCUAUAAUGAAGCUUUAUACAUGUAGCUAUACCUAUACAUAAUUCUGUAUAUAGCCUAUAUUUACAGUGGAAAUGUAAGCUGUUUAUUUUAUAUUAAAAUAAGCACUGUAUUAAUAACAGUGCAUAUUCUUUUCUAUCAUUUUUGUACAGUUUACGGUACCGGAGAUCUGGCUUUGUUAUUGGACUGUAUCAGACACCAUUUUGUCUUUUACAGUUGGUCUUUUCCUAGUGCUGGAUUUUAUGCGUGUCUGAGUGGAAGUGAAGCUUUGCAAUAGUGUCCUUUAUUGUCACAUCUUUGUUGUCUAGCGCAGGGGAGAAGAGCUCUGUGGUGUAACUAUUGCAUUGUAAUUUAUCAAAGCUAUUUGGAGCAUCGCUAAUGUUCACCACGGCAGCAGCUGCUGCUUCCCAUGAUGCUUUCUUAAAGCAGGGUUUUUAGUGAUCUCCUGAGUGGAGAACCACUUCUGGGUCACAUUAAGGCCUCGUAUUUUCUCAGUGUCCUGAUACAGUAUUUCUUACUGUAUCAGCAGGGUUUAUUUUAAUGCAAGCAAGCCCAAGCUCCUCCUGCUUCGCUGAUCUAACACAACCAAAAUCUAACUGUUCGUGGAAUGAUCUGUAACAAGUUAAUCAAAAGGUUCAAAUCAUACCCUGUAUGCUAGCAGGAAAGCCUUUUCAGAGUUGCUUCAGCUGACUGACUCCUUUAUCUGGAAGCUGCUAACACUCCUCAGAGGUUUAGGUUGGCUUUCAUUGGCAUGGGUAACACUAACUCUUUGUUCUGCUCACUUGUACUACAGUUAAACAACAUCAAUAUUUCCUGUUUCUUUAUUGCACACUUAUUAAGGAAACAGUCCCCCACCCCACAUCUUCUGGAACUUUAAACAGGUUCCUGUUGAUCAGGAUGUAACAGUGGUGUAGGACAUUGUUUUCUUACUGUAAAGAGACCUACCUCAGGUUACUAGGUCCUGCAUAGUACAUUGCCAUGAUCACUGUACACCAUUCCUGUUUUACAGGACCUGUGGCCCAGGUGGGCAUGGUCGCUCCUAUAAUAGCCGUGACUUACUGAAUGGUCAGCGUUGCAUGUCUUUGUCAACUUGGACAUUUUGUAGCCUUAGCAUGUUUGCAAAAUGUCUCAUUGAGGCAGAAAUCUGAAAAGUAAAUAAAACUAUUUUGGGUUUUGUAAA